UGCAGCAGCCGGCAAUGGAGCGGGCCCCGAUCAAGAUCACCGGUGUGGAGACCCACGACCUGCGCUUCCCGACCUCGCUGCAGCUGGAUGGCUCGGAUGCGCUGCACACCGACCCUGACUACUCCGCCACGCUGGUCGUGCUGCAGACCAACUCUAAGCUGCAGGGAUUCGGCACGACCUUCACCAUCGGCAGGGGAAACGAGAUCGUAUGCGAGUGCGUCAAGGCCUUGAAGUUCUUGGUGGUUGGCAAGACGCUCGACUCUAUCGUCGAUAAAUUCGCCGUUUUUUGGGAUGGAAUGGUGAACGAAAGCCAACUGCGAUGGAUCGGACCGCAGAAGGGCGUUGUUCACCUGGCUACCGCCGCUCUGGUGAACGCCAUCUGGGAUCUGUGGGCGCGCAGAGAGGGCAAGCCUGUCUGGCGCCUGCUGGUUGACAUGACGCCCCAGCAACUGGUCGAUGUCAUGGACUUCCGCUACAUCUCGGACGUGCUCAGCAAAGAGGAGGCGCUAGAAAUGCUCACCAUCGACCCCGCCCUGAAGAAGCAGCGGGAGCAACGCAUGGUGGCCGAGGGGUAUCCCGCUUACACCACCGCUGCGGGUUGGCUGGGCUACCCGGACGAGAAGAUCCGCGCACUCUGCCUGCAGUUCAUGGAGGCCGGCUGGGACGAGUUCAAGAUCAAAGUGGGCCAGGACCUGAGCGACGACCGACGACGCUUGCGGGUCGUCCGCGAGACGAUCGGACCGAACAGGCGCAUGAUGGUAGACGCGAACCAGCGCUGGGACGUGAACGAGGCUAUUUACUGGAUGAAAGAGCUCUCCGAGUUCCGGCCGCUCUGGAUCGAGGAGCCGACGUCGCCUGACGACGUGCUUGGCCACGCCCAGAUCGCCAAGGCGCUCGCCCCGUACGGCAUCGGUGUGGCCACAGGCGAGAUGUGCCAGAACAAGGUGAUGUUCAAGCAGUUCCUGCAGGCGGGCAGCAUGCAGUACUGCCAGGUGGACUCCUGCCGCGUGGGCAGCAUCAACGAGAUAUUGCCUAUCUACCUGAUGGCCCACAAAUUCAAAGCCAAACGACACUAG